AUGACCACCGCCUUAGCCGCCCGUAGGCUUGUCGCUGCGGCAACAAAGCGUCAAGCACGUCUCGCAUUGCAACAUGUGCGUUCGCAUCAUCCCGACCCCAUGUCGCCCAAGAUGACCAAGGGGUGGAAGGCUGCCCUCAAGGAAGCCGACAUCCCCACCACGAUGGCCGACAAGGAAACUGCUCAUGCCCUCGAGAUGGGUCUCCCUGGAGCCAGCAGUAUCGAAGACAAGACUAUUCCGACCUUUUCCCGCGGUGAAUUACCACACUUUGCUGGUAUUAAUACCUUCUUGAAGGCCCCCUACGUGGAAGAUGCUCGUAACGUAGGAGAUUAUGAUGCCACGGUCGUGGGUGUUCCCUUUGAUGGUGGAUGCACCUACCGUGCUGGAACUCGCUUUGGUCCACAGGGCAUUCGCCGCAUUUCGGCUCUGUACACCCCUUACAACUACGAAAAGGGCAUUGACUUGCGCGAAUCAAUGACGCUCUGUGAUGCAGGAGAUAUUUUCACCAUCCCUGCCAACCUCGAAAAGAGUUUUGAUCAAAUCAGUAAUGGUAUUGCUCACAUUGCUAGCACUGGGACCAUGCCCAUUAUUCUGGGUGGUGAUCACUCCAUCGGAUUUCCCACUGUGCGAGGUAUUGCCAGUGUCACCACCAAGAAUAUUGGUAUUAUUCAUGUCGAUCGUCAUGCCGAUAUUCAGGAGAAGGAUUUGGACGAGAGGAUGCAUACCACUCCGUACUUUCAUGCUACCAACUUGCCCAAUGUCAACCCCAAGGAAAGUGGCUUGUUUUUGCAGGCUAAUCUAGUCCAGAUUGGCAUUGGAGGAUGGCAAGUUCCUCGACCCGCUGUCCCCAUCAUGGUCGAGCGAGAGACCAACAUCUUCACCAUGGAUGACAUUGAGCAUCUUGGUAUUGAGAAGGUUGCUGAAAUGGCCUUGGAGUUGGCCUGGGAUGGCUGCGACGCUGUGUACAUGUCUUAUGAUAUUGACUCGAUCGAGGCGGCCUUUGUUCCUGGUACAGGGUGGCCCGAACCCGGCGGCUUGUUGCCCCGAGAAGCUCUCAAGCUGGUUGGAUUGGUGGCAAAGGAAGGCCUGUGUGGAAUGGAAGUAGUGGAAGUCAGCCCUCCCUACGAUCAUGCAGAUAUCACAAGUCUGAUGGCUCUGCGCAUUGUAGUCGAUGCCUUGGGUGCCAUGGUCAGCCAUGGCACCAUGGGCAACCACAAGAGCAUCAUUGACAAGGAGUUUACUCCUUUCUAG